AUGGGUGAAAAUUGGUAUAGUAAAAGUAAUGAAACUAUUAUUCCGGGUAAUCCCGAUCGUAUAAAAGCUAAAUGGGAUCCUUUACAAUAUUUAAAUUUGGCCCAAUAUCUUAAAGUUUUUAAUGAAUAUCCACGUGCUUUCAAUCCUCGUGUACAUGGACCUUAUUGUCCAUGGCGUUACUACGGAAAACGCGAUCUUCAUUUGGGUGAUGUUAAGUUAGCUGAGAUUCCAGCGUGGAUUGCUCGACGAGAUAAAACUCCAAUGGGAAUUUAUCAAGGCGGUAUUCGAACAUUUUGGAAAUUUUAUCGUGCUUAUUUGGAUAAUAAAAAACCAAAUCUCAUUUGGUACACACAAAUAUUUGUUGUCGCUUCAUUGAUCAAUUUUGUUUUCUUUGCCAUGCCUGAUAGAAAACAAUAUAAAUGGGCUAAAUAUCACUAA